AUCAUACACGGCUCUGAUUCUUAGUUCGACGAUGUAUCCGUGUAUGUAUGUUUGUUUGCCAGAGCCUUUGUUAUUUAUUUACUUUUGGCUUGUUGUUGCCUAACAAACAAUAAUUUUGACUUGAUGUUGCAAUUUAUGCGUGAAUAAUGUGUGAUAAAGUUGCUACGGAUCAAUUAUGUCCCGACAGCUUGUUCGAUAUGUCGCUUCGGGUGUUUGCAAAGGACAUACACAAGACUGAACCGAAUAUAAUACAAUGUCUGCCGAACUGCAUCAAACGUGUUAUUUUGAAAUACGUAACUGGCUACUUGUCUCAGACACGAAAGCACGGAUUACGAAAUAAAAAGACAAUCAGAGCACUGCUCAACAGAGAAGUAACAAAUUUAAAUCUUAGAGAUUCGGUGACCACGGAUUCCAUUUUGCAUGCCAUUUCCCAAAAUUGUGUCCAUUUGAGAGAGCUAACUUUAGGUGGUCCUUAUUGCCACAUUAAAAGAAAGACAUUGCAGAAUUUCAUUCCUAGAAUGAAGCACUUAACGCUAUUGUGUCUAAAAGAUGUCGAUAAUGUUACCGAUAAAUCCAUCACAGGAUUAACCGAACUCAAACAUUUAAAGCAUUUGAAUUUAAAAAAUUGCGUAAACCUUACCGAUGAAUGUGGCACAAUUCUCAGAAACCUAAAAUUGGAGAAAUUGGAUAUGAGCCACAACGGUAUUUCUGAUCAAUGGUUAGAUCAUCUGCCAAACAGCCCACUGAACGAUCAUCUCAUAGAUUUGAAUCUGAGUUAUUGUUCUGCUUUAUCGAAUCAUAAUUUUGGAUUGCUGAAUUGGUCUAAGCUCAAAUAUGUUGGACUACCUGGCCUAACUGGCUUAGAUUUCAUGGACAACCUUGGCAGACUGAAAUUUGUUCAGUGGACUGUUCCAUUCUAGACCGAGAAAUCGUAUCAACAUAUAUUUUACGUUCCUUGAAUUUUUGGCAUUACUUGAAAAUUAGUAGCAAAGCUUUUGCGUGCCAGUGAGUGUUAUUUUUCAGUUUUUAUUUUAAAAGAAAUUUUCUUUAUUUACAAAUUAUUUUAUGUUUUACGGUUGGAAAAUAGUCGAUUCAAAAAAUCGAUAAAUGAAUUUAAUUUUUUUUUAUCGAUUGCGUGCUCUAACCUUAAAUGGAUUAAAUUUUAGUUUUUAUUAUUUAAGUCACUGUCUUCGUACUAACUGAUGCAAUAUAUAAAUAAGUAAUAAAUACUAAUAAAGGUGCAUUUUUAGAAGCAAAUUUGCAUAGUGUUAUCGAAUCCCCAGAACAGGUAGAAAUAGACAUCGUAAAUUUAUCCAUAAAACUUCCGAAGAA